CCUUGGCAGCAAACUUUCUAUGCGCGUCGUUAGUGGCUUUUGGCAGCAUAAUUUUUGGUGUUUCGGAAAAAAAGAGGCGCACUUUUUGCUAUCGUCGAGCGUCGGGGGUGGUGUGCAUCUGCUCCGCAAAGCAGUGUCGUUGGUUUAUCGGCUGGAUAUCGGUUGGAACGUGCUGGAAGAUAACAGUGUUCAGUGUGUUUUGGUGAACGGGCCCCUCGCCCUUCCCGCCUUCACCGAGGAAGCUGUGAGCAGCACGGAGUUCGGAUUGCCCCAGACGCGUAUAACCUCACUUUUGUGCUUCGACGGGCCUGGUGUUCGCACGGGCGUAAUUGCUGGUUUUUCAAGUUUUGCUCAUUUUUGAAGCUACAUUUCCGGUGACUGUGCGUGAAUUGUGCGAACAAAUCCGCGGUACCGUGGCUUGGAGACCGAGCGCGUUCCUUCCUCCCGUGUUGCCUCAAGUGGCUCAAAAGUGAAAUCCAACGCAGAUAAGCGACAAGCCCGUUCCGCGCGGUCGUCUUGUGACUCCGUGUGCGGCGUGUGUGCGUGCGAAUGGUGGAAGACGGCAGCUGGCCGGCAAAAGACAACAAUAACAGCGCCGCAGUGAGAGAGAAAGAGAUGGAGCAGGAGCACGGUUUGCAUCAGGCGUUUACCGGUGGUGGCAUGCCGCAGCAUCAACAAAACGAAUCUCCCGACCAACAUCACGAGGAGGAAGAAAUGGAGGAAGAGGACGAAGAGGCUGGAGGCAUCACGAGCGAACAUUCUCUGCACGGUGAAAAGCGGAAAUUCAGCGAAAUCGACUCGGAGAGCGACGAGGAUGGUUUCGCCGGAUUCGAAGAGGAUGCCGUCAGCGACAACUUAGGCUCCCCAAGCACUACCUCCGAGGCGCUCCGGAUGGCGUUGAAAAAUCAGGACAACCGAACUCCGGAGAACAACAAAUCCGAGGAGGAGGUGGGAGUAAUCGCCCCGGUGGACGAUCACAUCGAGAUAAAGCAGGAGUUUGUGGAUGCAGCUGGUGGUGCAGCUGGUGGCCAAGAUGCUACGAAGCUGGCGGCGGCAGCAGCGGCAAAGAAGAAAGCAAAUGUCCCCGUUAAUACGCAGGAUGUUAUCUAUAAGCUACCAUUUAAAUAUGGUUGGAAACGCGAGCUGGUCUAUCGUGCCAACAUGGACGGCAACAGCAAGGAUAAGGGAGAAGUGUACUAUAUCACGCCCCAGGGCAAAAAGCUGCGAACCCGCAACGAUAUAGUGUCCGCUUUGCAUGACGAUCUGACGAUGGAUAAUUUUACCUUCGUUAAAGAACCGGUCGGUGGCAAUCCGGAUGAAGAGACAAUCCGGAGUGCCAAAUCGUAUGGAAAUCCACCGAAACGCUCCAUGGAUAGUUCGGCCGAUUUGGGCAAACGGGUACCGAAACCCAAAAUGCCCAAAGGUGCAAGUCCGACGCCUCCAUCACCGUACUCCAAAGCCGGCCGCUUAUCGCCGAAAAGUAAUGCUUCCCCUGGUGUGGCCGCUGGUGGGGGUGGCACAGGCGUUCUUACGGUGUCGUCUCGCAACAACGUUUUCGCCGGAUCAACUAAGGGAAAUAGCGAAAAUAGCAACAAUCAGGAGAGAGCGAAAUCUGUCGGCAAAAAUCGGCUGGAUACAUGCACAAUACAGUGCCUGCCAGCGAUGGGGAUGAUACCCCAGCUACAAUGUAUUGUUUGCUAUGCAAUGUAUCACCCGGAAUGUGUUACUGUCACAACUGCCGAAGCAUUAGCUCGGCGCUUCACGUGUAAGAGCUGUGUUGAUGAUGCUGUGGCCGCGGAAGCCCAACUUGCUCAGAACUACAAAGAAUCGUUCGAAAUGCAUGGCACUAGCAAUGGAAAUGCAUCCGCUGCUUCCACUGCUAAUACGGUGACCAAGAACAGCAAAUCAUCUUCAUCGAACAAGACGAUCACAACAGAUCACAACGCAUCAACUAAUUUGGUGCACAAAGAGAAAUCGAAACAAAAGGAUAAAGCCUUGACGCAACAGCCUCAGUCCAGCUCCAAGCACCCCAAAUCGCAACUGACGGGUGGCACCAAGAACACGGAGACAGACAAGUCACCGCAGGAAAUAUUGAUCAUCGGCGGCAAUGAGUAUGUGGUAGUGCCGAAGGGAAAAGACACAAACGCGAAAAGCAAAAAACCAUCUAAAUCCACAAUCCAUCCGCCUCAACAGCAGUCAACGAUCGCUAAAAGUGUGGAUGAAUCACGAAAGAUGGCAAGCAAUCCGGUAUCUGGUACAAACAACAAACAUCUCGGCACGAACGAUCGGCUCUCGGGCGAGGCAGUUUUACCCGCGGUGGCCGGUAGCCAUGUGGGAUCCUCUAGAAACCAUCAUAUCACAGCAAGUAAUGGCAGUGCGCGCGAUCCUUCCAACUUCCUGUCGGAGGUAUCUGCAGGAUACCAAGCGUUGAUGCAGAUCUUCGAUUACCUCAAAGUACAAGAACUCCUCCGGGCCAGUAGCGUGUGUCGAAUGUGGAACC